GUUCUCUCCGCUUUCCAAAUUUAACGACGGAGUACUUUACUAACUCCCCUUAGUUUCAAUAUGCACUGCAACCUUGCCGCCUUCGCUUAAACCCUUCAUAUACUAGUUCCGUUCUUCGUCCAUCUCUAAAUACCAACAUCACCAACGUCGGUUCUUUCCCUUCGGCCACCCAUCUUUCAACUUUCAUCAUCAUCCGAGUGAGAGCACACCUCUAUCCGCGCAUGCAUCAUGGCCAUAACCUCCGCCCCUGUUGAGAUAAUUCUCUAUAUCCUUCAAUCUUGUGACUCCUUUACCGAGCUGCGGGCUUUGUUCUCGACCUGCCGCCGUAUCCACAACGUUUGGCUUGAAAAUGCCCCCAGGGUGGUGUGGCACGUUGCCCCCAAGGUCAUACCAGCCUUUGACUGGGCUUUGCUGGCGGCCCGCGCCACCGCUCUUGUCCACGAUGCCCAUCGCGAUGGACGUCUUCCGCCGGAAAUCAGACCCGACGAUUUGACUGGCGCGUUACGGAAACCAUCCCUUCAAGAGCUCGAUUCCGUCUUGGGUCUGCAUCACUUCGUCCAGUGUGUCGAGCUCAGAUACUGCCACGACCACCUCACGAUCAACAAGGCCUUUAACCAGCCCGCAAACCAACCGCAAAACCUAUGGCCUGAGGAUAGGAAACCGCCACCCCCCAUCAACAAUAACACUCCAGAGGACCCGGGAGAAGGCAUGCGUGUCUGGACGGAGCGAUUCCAUACCGCGGCUUAUACGUCCCUUCUCAUGGGUGCCGUGUUUGCCCGUGCAUAUAAUCAGCCGUUCUACCCGGAUGUGGACGACACGUCGUCGUCGCCUUCGGGUGACGGCCAUCUAGAAGACCAGUCUCCAUCUUCAGAAGCAGAAGCGCGGAGGAAGGAGCUCUGGGAUCUCAUGCGCAAGGCUUCCUCAGACCGCUCAAACGAGCGGCAUCACCGGCUUACCAUCAAAGAGGACAUGCGUGAGUAUCUGCGUCAGUUCCCCGUCUAUGAUCUCAACAAUGAGCUGGGUGGCCAGGAGAACGUGUUUGGUCCAUUUAUUGAGUGGUACAUUCGUUUCACCAUAUCACAGUACAACAAAACCACACCAAAACCGGCAUCACGGGAUCCGUCCCGCCCCGCUAUCCAGUUGGAAAUCGACCGUCUUUAUGCCGCUUUUGAUAGAGGCGAGGAUGUUGACCGUUGCCCCGACCGUCCGAGCAAAGCUUUCAUGGAGUGGGAUAGCACACAAUUAUCCGAGUCGUUCCCAACAAGCUUUGUCGGAUCCCCGGCCGAAGGCGAAGCGGUUGUCUGGGCUGCCAUGCAAGCGGUCCACAUGUUUGAGUUUAUUCUGACCUGCAUCACGAACCUGGACGGGAGAUGCCGGUUCGGGAGGAGUUCCGUAACCGCAAAGGUUGUUCUCUUUGGCAUUUUCCAAGCCGAAGAAAUUCUGAUGCAGGUCGACGUCAAAUACUCAAUUGGGCAGCAACUGGUCGCAUAUUCGCCGCCAACACAUGCAUCGGCCUCGUCUCCGUACACGUAUCCUGACGGUGAAGGGUAUACAUACCCCUGGUCUUUUGACGACCUAUACAACCGCUCAGGCAUCGCGAAUCAAAACCAUGGCGCAGAACGACCACCACCCCCUCUUCAACUUUUCAUGUUCCUACUUGAGCAUCGCUUCAACCUCGAAUUUGACUACAGCCUGUUUACAACUCAUACGGACGGUCCUCAGAGUUAUUGGCUGUUCAAGAAGAGGGCUACCAUCUUUGCCCACGGGCCCGAGCUCGUGCCGGAAAGAAGUGUGCUGGACUAUACCAAUGGUAUGGAGUUUCUGGUGCCCUUAUAUACCCGGGUCUUCUCCUUUUAUAACCAUGACGAUUCGUACUUUGACCAUCUCACGUAUCACGGCAACCCUCGUACGUGGGAGCCAGACUAUAACUAUUUUGAGGAGCUUCUCCAUUUAGGUGAAUGGUAG